CUAUUUUGCUCGUUGAUCUACACGAGACAGAUACACGAAUAUUUUAUUUAACAACAGUAACAAAACAUUUGUAGUUCAAAUGAUCUCUUCUGUCUUCUAUGGUGUGUGACAUUCAUUGUUCACUGGUGUGACAUAACGAUCAGAUGAACUAAAGUUAGGUUAGGAUUCAUUGACAGACAAGAAAAUAGAGGCUAAUUUUAUUAUUUUAAUUAUUUUUUAUUAAAUAUACGGGUGACUUUAAAUGGCACACAAUAGAUUUAAAUUAUUGGAAUAAACUUAGUGAGUGUUACACAAGACAUACGAAAAAAAUCAGUAUUAAAAUGGAGGGUGGACCGAGCAUUCAAAAUCGAGAAAAUGAAAAUAGUGACAAUCAACCAGAAAGGCCUACAGGAUGCCUAAAUUUUUUUUGCCAUCCUCUGGGCUCCGGUCACCGAUUUAUAGCUUUAAUUUUUAUGUGUUUCCUUAGCUUUGGUUCCUAUUUUUGUUAUGAUAAUCCAGCGGCUUUACAAGAUUACAUGAAAAGGGAUCUAAAUAUGACUGAACUGCAGUAUACAUCAUUGUAUUCUGUGUAUUCUUGGCCAAAUGUGGUAUUAAAUAUUGUAGGAGGCUUUUUAAUAGAUAGGGUUUUUGGUAUACGAUUAGGUUCUAAUAUAUACGUUGGACUAGCGUUGAUUGGACAAUUAAUUUUUGCUACUUCCGUUUUUUUUAACCAAUACUGGCUAAUGUUGAUUGGUCGAUUCGUUUUUGGUAUCGGCGCAGAAUCACUGACUGUCGCACAGAACAACUAUGCAGUGCUAUGGUUCAAGGGAAAAGAACUCAACAUGGUGUUUGGCCUGCAACUCAGCUUCGCUAGGGUUGGCAGCACUGUUAAUUUCUUAGUGAUGGAAAGUCUAUACAAGGCUGUGCACAAUCAAAUACCCGAUGGAAAGGGGCAAUAUAUUUUAGGAACCGUCCUCUUUAUAGCCGCUACAACAUGCCUUAUUUCAUGGGUAUGUUCAAUCGUAAUGGGCGUUUUCGACAAAAGAGCCGAAACUCAAUUAGGACGAAAUAAUAAUCCUCAUGGAGAAACUGUCAAACUGACAGAUGUCAAAGAUUUUAAGCUAACUUUCUGGCUAGUGUGCAUCAUUUGUGUAGCUUUCUACUGCGCAAUCUUUCCUUUCAUUACAAUAGCAAAGGACUUCUUCCAAGAUAAGUUCCAUUUGAGUCCCGAUGACGCAAAUUAUCUAAGUAGUAUUGUGUAUGUUAUUUCUGGAGUGGCAUCUCCAGUUUUGGGAUUGCUCAUCGAUAAAUUAGGAAUGAACAUUUAUUGGAUUAUAUUAGGAACAUCUGGAACGAUUCUGGCGCACGUUUUGUUAGGUUUCACGACUCUUAACGCCUAUAUCGCUAUUGUUAUAAUGGGAAUGGCAUAUUCGAUCUUAGCAAGCAGUUUGUGGCCUUUGGUUUCACUUAUUAUUCCGGAAUACCAACUAGGAACAGCAUAUGGAGUUGCUGGAGCAAUUCAGAACUUAGGACUAGCUUUGUUUUCUAUAUUUACUGGCUUGAUAGUUGGAAAUUUUGGUUAUACUGCUAUAGAAAUUUUUUUCAUCUCUAGUUUAGUAGCUGCCUUAUUAGCAACCUUCUGUUUAUGGAUCAUUGAUAGAAGAGGCGAUAAAUCACUUAACAUGUCAGCUGUUGGAAGAAGAAGACUUCAGCAACUGACGGUUGCAGAGAGCGUUGAGAGACUAGUGAUCGAUCCAGAGGCGAUGGGAUCAUCUUCAGAACACUCAGAACCGAAUUCUGAUUUCCACAUACGCAAUAGGUAUUUAUCCAGAAUCGGGGCCCCUCUCCCAUCCGCAUACGACAUAGACACAAAAGAGAUUUAGUUUCUUUUAUUAAUAUUUUUUUCAAGAAAUGAAGCAAUUUAGUUCAAUUUUGUAGUUACCUACCUAUUUUUUUUCAUCAAUUUAAUCGUAGUUUUAAUAUUGUUAUUAUUAUAUAAGAAGCAACCAUAAUUUUUGUACAUAAUCUUUCAAUUUUUUUUUGGUUGAAUUUUUAUCAUUUAUUUCGACUGUUCUUUUUUUCCAUUUUUCACAAUCGUUAGGCAAUCAAUUAAUCCAAUAAACAACACAAAUAUAGUAAGUUUACAAUUAAAUCAAAAAUUUAGCAAUGUUUAAAACUGGAAAAGAAGAUAUCUAUUUAUUUUAGUUAUAUAGUCAUUUUUCCACUUCUCUCUUUAUAUUGUUAAAUUUGUUCAUUUGUACAUAAUUCAAACUCUUUAUUUUGACUUUUUAAUUAAAAAUGGACCCGUUUUUUUAGUGAAUUUGACAUUCAGUGGUGACUAAUGACAUAUGAUUCAUAUUUUGAUAGAUUAAUUAUAAAUGAAAGCAAUUUUGCCAUAUCUUCUUUAACUACAACGAUAUAUUUUACAUUUAUUUGUCCAUUCAUGGGCGUAUGCAAAUUAUUGUCCUUUCCACUCUAUUACAUAGCUCCCUGUAGUCAAUAUCUUCCAGUAUCGUCCAUCUAACAACUACUUGGUUUUUCCGUGCAUAACCAUCUCUUAUUUAGCUUUCUAAAGCUAUGCUUCUUUGUCUCUUAUUUCUUCGAUUCUUUUGACAAAAGUAAUUUAGGUAUCGUUCAUCGAUGCUCUUUUUAUCCCGAUUCAAAUUUUUAAAUAAUUUUGAGGAAAUUAAAGUUGAUUUUUGAU